GCAUUGCGCAGCUUCCGGCCAUCAGGUGAGGCGAAAGAGAAAAGAGGAGGCAUCCCGUCAGCUCACCUGUCGGCAGUGAAUCCCAUUCCCUCCAACCUGAGGUCAGAGGCCAAGAAAGCUGCCAAGAUCCUAAGAGAGUUCACUCAGAUCUCCAACAGGACUGGACCGGACAAACUCAUCCCUGCUCAUAUCAUAGCCAAGGCCGAAGGUUUGGCCAUCAUCUCGGUCAUCAAGGCGGGCUUCAUGGUCACCGCCAGAGGAGGCAGCGGCGUCGUCAUCGCCAGACUCGCCGACAGACGUUGGUCGGCGCCGUCGGCCCUUGGMAUAGCAGGCCUCGGCGGAGGCUUUGAGCUCGGUGUGGAGGUGUCAGACCUGGUAAUCAUCCUGAACCAACGGAGAGCGAUUGAAGCAUUCACRAAGGGCGGCAACCUGACGCUGGGUGGGAACUGCACCGUUGCCGUGGGACCCAUGGGCAGGAACCUGGAGGCGGACGUCGCCCUGCGCAGCACUGCGGCCGUCUUCACCUACUGCAGGUCCAGAGGGCUGUUUGCAGGGAUUUCUCUGGAGGGGUCUUACCUGAUUGAACGCAAAGACACCAACCGCAAGUUCUACUGUCAAGACAUCCGAGCCUCAYGUAUCCUAAAUGGAGACGUUGAGCCUCCCACGGAGUUCUACGACCUUUACCACAUCCUGGACGUGUACACAGAGGCCUACACCACCGACUGGACCAACAAGAACGUGCGGGCCAGGUCGGWUCCUCCAUCCAGACCUCCUGCUCCGUCCCAGAAGAAAGCACAGAGCAGCUACCGGCAGCCGGAUAACAGCGAGAAGAAGGACAGACUCUACCCCAGCGCUUCCGUCUACAAGUCGGACACGUCCAGUGAGUCAUUGCUUCAGCUUUAA